AUCUCUCCCCCACUGUCAUUUCCUUUAUAAAUCGCUGUAUCUCCCACCUCCAACCAUCACGCAAUCCCAGCCAACAUACUUUUGGAGAACAGGAUUCCGUUGACAUAGAGAGUAACCAAAAUGUCUGAGCACGGCCAUCACGGCGGCGGCGGCCACGGCCCUGGUGGUGGAGGUGGACAUGGCCCUGGUGGAGGCGGUGGAGGCCCGGGUGGUGCUCCUGGCGGAGGAGGCCAUGGUGGUCCAACCGGCGGACCUGGACAUGACCAUGGUGGUGGCCCCGGUGGUCAUGGCCCAGGCGGAGGCCAUGGAGGCCAGGGUGGUGGUCAUGGCGAAGGCCAUGGUGGUCCGGGUGGUGGACACGGCGAUCAUGGCCCGGGCGGAGGCCAUGGAGGCCCGGGUGGUGGUCAUGGUGGAGGCCACGGUGAUCAUGGCCCAGGCGGAGGCCAUGGAGGCCCGGCUGGUGGUCUUGGCAAAGGCCACGGAGGUCCAGGUGGUGGACACGGUGAUCAUGGCCCUGGCGGUGGACACGGUGAUCAUGGCCCUGGCGGAGGCCAUGGAGGCCCUGGUGGUGGUGCUGGUGGAGGCCACGGUGGUCCUGGCGGAGACCAUGGUGGUCCCGGUGGUGGACACGGACAUCACCAUGGUGGCGGCCACGGCGGUCAUGGCCCUGGUGAAGGCCACGGAGGCCCAGGUGGUGGUCAUGGCGAAGGCCAUGGAGGUCCAGGUGGCGGACAUGGCGAUCAUGGCCCUGGUGGAGGCCAUGGAGGCCCGGGUGGUGGUCAUGGCGGAGGCCAUGGAGGUCCAGGUGGCGGACAUGGCGAUCAUGGCCCUGGCGGAGGCCAUGGAGGCCCGGGUGGUGGUCAUGGCGGAGGCCAUGGAGGCCCGGGUGGUGGUCAUGGCGAAGGCCAUGGAGGUCCAGGUGGCGGACAUGGUGAUCAUGGCCCUGGUGGAGGCCAUGGAGGCCCGGGUGGUGGUCAUGGCGGAGGCCACGGUGGUCCUGGGGGAGGCCAUGGAGGUCCAGGCGGCGGAGCCGGCAGCAAGCCCUGAGGAGAUCAUGGCCAUGGAGGACGAGGCGGUCACGGCCCCGAUGAACAUGGCCAUGGUCCUGGAGGCGGCCACCACCACGGCUGAAGCCAGUUCGCCCCCUUGUCAGUUGUUGAGGACUAGACAUGGUUAAUAUGUGAUGUAAAGUAUCUCCGCAGCAUUUUAACGAUCUUUUAUUUGGGAGAAGAAAAGUACUAAAAAAUAAUAAGAACCAUGUGGAGUCAGUCAUGUACUUGAGUACUUGAGCUAGCAAGUGUCCUAAUGAAUUUCGAAUUCCUAAUUUGAUCC